AUGGACGGAUGCAUCAUCAAGGCUGCUUCUGCUUUUUUACUUGGAUUGCUGAUUUCAGCCUUAAGUAACAGAAACAGUUUCUGUGAUGGGAAGUUCGAGGGUUCAUGCAGGGAGAGAGAGAAACAUGCACUUCUAAAGUUCAAGAGUGAUCUAAUAGAUCCUUCAGGAAGGCUUUCUUCUUGGGUUGUUGAUCACAAAGAUUGCUGUCAGUGGGUGGGAGUUACGUGCAACAACUCCACCGGCCAUGUUCAUGAGCUUCAUUUACAGAAUCCAGAUGCAGAGAGUGGAUGGCUUCCUUACUUUGGCUAUGAAAAGUCAGGAUUAAGUGGGAAGAUAAACCCUUCUCUUCUCGUUUUGAAAAGGUUAAGUCAUUUGGACUUGAGCUACAACAAUUUCAAAGGACUUCAAAUUCCAGAUUUUAUUAUUUCUCUCACGCAUCUACAAGUUCUUGACUUGUCUGAGCUGGUUUCGGAGGGUUGA